CAUCAGCCCACGAUAAAAAAAGGUCCCAGAAAACAUUGACUCACUGCAUCCCAGCAUCCUGACAGGGCUAUGUGUCUGCAAUGAGAUCUCCUCAGCCGGAACUGCGAGGUUUCAAUGGAAUUGGUGUUUGUGAGGCUGUUUUACCUUCCCUGAGUUGUGCUACCACCUGUACUGCGUGCCGGGAGCAGGGGUGGGAGCAUUGGGAUCACUGCCCAGCACCUGGCAAGGGGCAGUGCUGCUGAGGAAGCAGCUGGAGCCGGGGGCUUUGCAUGUGCAUGAGGAGUUUUCUGCAGAAGCUUUAAGACUAAAUUGCUGAGAAUUUUUGCCUGAAGCAAGGGAUGUUUCCCGUAUUUAAGACAAGCAGCAACCUGCAGUCAGAAGGAAGAAGGGACUGAAUUUACUCCAGAAGUAUUUCUCUGGGAUCUUUUUUCAAGGGACCAAGAGAGGAGACUGUGAGAAGAAGGCGAGAUGGUCCCAAGAGACUGCUGUUGGCAUCUGUCGUUUUCCAUGGAACAGAAAUCUGAGUCUUCUCUACGCUGAGUGCUCCUGUGUCCCAUCUGCUACCACACCCUGAAAUCAAACUCGGCAGCUUAGGUGAAUCAGGCACUGUACAAACAUGUCAGACUUGCCUCCACCCCUUUUUCUUCUCCCGCUUUCUCCUGCCGUCUUUCUCGCUCAAGUUUAUCGACGUGUCAGCGGAUUCCAGUGGCGGAGCAUUCUCACUUCAUCUCUGGGCACGGAGCAAUGAGGAGUCAGGGGGAUGUUUCUGGAAGAGAAGAAAAACUGGGAGCUGGAUUCCUUUGGGAAGGAGUUUGCUUCAUCUUUACUCCUAUAGCCCAGCAACACCGUCCGCCAAUCGGCUUUGCUGCAUGACAGUGGGAGAGUUUACCUCCAGACCCUUCUUUCUCCUCUCCCUUGGAACUGUCCACCACCAGCAUUGUUGCAGCAGGACUGCCAGGCAUUAAUGCUUUAAUGUAUUUGGGGACAGAGCACUGAAAAAACAGAAGAGCAAUUUGUGUCUGCUGAUCCCUCCCCCUGCUCUGGAUCUGCUGGCUGUGGGAUUUUUUCUCGUGCUCACUGGCAGAUGUGACAGCUUUUGGAACUGUAUCAUCCAGGAACAGCUAUAUCUGGAGUUGAAAAACCUAACGUGGUUUCCCAGGCAGCAGGAAUGGAUCGCUGAGAGAAUUUCAAUCUCCGACUGCUUUUGUCUUGUGGCAUCAUGUUCCGGAAGAAGAAGAAGAAACGCCCGGAGAUCUCGGCCCCACAGAACUUUGAACACCGUGUCCACACCUCGUUUGACCCAAAGGAGGGCAAAUUUGUGGGCCUGCCUCCUCAAUGGCAGAAUAUUCUGGACACGCUGAGGCGCCCCAAGCCAGUGGUAGACCCUUCAAGAAUCACAAGGAUGCAGCUCCAGCCUAUGAAGACCGUGGUGCGGGGCAGCACCGUGGAAGUGGAAGGCUACAUCUCUGGGUUGCUCAAUGACAUCCAGAAGCUUUCUGCCAUCAGCUCGAACACUCUGAGAGGCAGGAGCCCCACCAGCAGGAGGAGAGCCCAGUCCCUCGGGCUCCUGGGAGAUGAGAGACCCCCAGACAUGUACCUUCAGAGUCCUGAAGGAGACUGGGCAGACAAGUACGGGAACUACCUCAACUGCAAUGGUGGGUCCAAGGUGGCCCGGAGGCAGACCAUGUGGCCGGAUUACAAGCCCCGCCUGGAAGGGCAGUCUCAUCCCAACGGCAUGGUGACAAAAGCCCAGUCCCUGGGGCCCUCGGAGUUCCAGGGCGCCGAUGGCAGCUGUGUGCAGCGCAUCUCUGGGCUGCAGCACGUGCCCGUUGUGCCAGGGGAGAGCGACACGGCCACGAGGAGCCCGGAGGAGGGCUGGCUUCAGCGCCAGCCCAGCACCAGGCCCUCGGGGGAGGGCAGCCCCAACUCCAAAUCACGGGAGAACAGCCUCAAGAGGAGGCUCCUGCGCAGCGUGUUCCCCUCGUCCAGCGCCUCAAACAAGCCGGGCCCUCCCCUGCAGAUCAAGCCUAAUGCUUUCUUCAAGCCCCAGCAGUGGGGUUCCCCGCACAGCCCUGCAGCCAAAGCCCAGUCUCUCCCCCCAGACCAACCUGCCUCCGAGUUCCCCAGGAUGAUCUCCGAAGCUGGGACCCCCCAGAAGUCCCCAACAGCAGAGAAGGCUGUGGCAGUGCCACCAGGCCGGCCCUCCCCAGCAGGGUCCCCCAGGAACAGGCAGACCCAGACCAGCUCCAGCAACCUCCACCUGCCCCAGGACUCUGCUGGGAAGGGGCAGCCAGCCAGUGAGGACCCUGUGGUUGUGACUCACGAGCAGUUCAAAGCUGCCCUCAGGAUGGUUGUGGACCAGGGAGAUCCCAGGGCACUGCUGGAAAACUACAUCAAGAUUGGGGAAGGCUCCACGGGAAUCGUGUGCAUCGCUCGGGAGAAGCACUCGGGGCGCCAGGUGGCCGUGAAAAUGAUGGACCUGAGGAAGCAGCAGCGCCGGGAGCUCCUCUUCAAUGAGGUGGUGAUAAUGAGGGACUAUCAACAUGUCAACGUUGUGGAGAUGUACAAGAGCUACCUCGUGGGAGAAGAGCUCUGGGUGCUGAUGGAGUUCCUGCAGGGAGGAGCCCUCACAGACAUCGUGUCUCAGAUCAGGCUGAACGAGGAGCAGAUUGCCACAGUGUGUGAGUCGGUGCUGCAGGCUCUGACCUAUCUCCACUCUCAGGGGGUCAUUCACCGAGACAUCAAGAGCGACUCCAUCCUUCUGACGUUGGAUGGCAGGGUCAAACUCUCUGAUUUUGGCUUCUGCGCUCAGAUCAGUAAAGAUGUACCUAAAAGAAAAUCCCUAGUGGGUACUCCUUAUUGGAUGGCUCCAGAAGUCAUUGCAAGGAUACCAUACACCACCGAGGUGGAUAUCUGGUCCCUGGGGAUCAUGGUCAUAGAGAUGGUAGAUGGAGAACCCCCCUACUUCAGUGAUUCUCCAGUCCAGGCAAUGAAGAGACUCCGUGACAGCCCUCCUCCCAAACUGAAAAACUUCCACAGGACCUCCCCCGUUCUGAGAGACUUCUUGGAGAGGAUGUUGACACGGGAUCCAUUGGAAAGAGCAACAGCACAAGAACUUCUGGAUCACCCCUUUUUGCUCCAGACAGGACUUCCAGAGUGCUUGGUGCCCCUUAUCCAACAGUACAGGAAGCGCACCUCCACCUGCUGACUUUAUAUGAGGGGAAACUCGAGGGAAAAGGAAUGUUUGUAAAAGAAAUAUAUAGAAAAAAUUAAGAGCCCAGGCAGUCUCAACCUGUGAAUGGUGCUUGGAACUUGCCAGUGAUUGUUUUGGAGGACAAAUGUGAAUCCUGUCCAUGCAUCCUCAGCCUCCUGUGGCUUCUCCUUUGCUGAAGACAAUCAAUACAGACUGGAUCUGAGUGAGACCAAGUCUGUCUCAAGGAUAAAGCGGGUAUUCCAUGGCUUGCGGAUCACUGCUGCCGAAGGAUGGCGUUCAAAAGUGGAGUCUGAAGUUGGGUUUCUGAAUGUCUGUGGGUUUCUGCACACCCAGGCUGCUGACUACUGAGCUGGAAUGACAUUUCCCACUUAGAAAUGUGAUCUUUGUUUCCUUCAUUGUGCACUGGAGCCAUGAGCUGACUCACUUUGGGGCACAGACCCCUUUAAACUGUCAAUGCACAAAGACUUUUUUUUUUUCCUCUGAGACUUUUUCACAGAUUAUUUUAAUUUCCCUUGGUUAAAUAUGGACCUAGAAACCUGCACACACUUCCUUAGGGAGCAGAUGUGAUAUGUAUAUAUUUGUUUCUAAGUGGCUCUCUUGCAUCAACAUGCUUCUCUUUUGCUGCAGAAUGUGUAUGGUUUAGUGGUCAAUCUUGAAUCCAUUUCAUGAUUUUAAGCUUUUGGAGGGGGAAACCCUUGGAUACGGUCCUCAAAGUGGACUCUAUGAAGACCAGGUGCUCUUACCACCAGGAUCUUAUGGUUAAAAAUUCACCAUUUGCAACACCUUGUAUGCUGGUUGGAAUGUGAACAGCAUGCUCCUGUGGCUUGCUUUCCCAGUCCUUUCUCUCUGGAGAGGCUGAGAAGUGCUGCCCUGGGGCAGUUAUUGGGUAGCAUUUUGGGAAUGCUGUAGGAGACCAAAUGGAAAUAUUUGAGCUAUCCUGCAUAUCCCAGGAUUGAUUUUUGUGUUUGUGUGCUGCUGUCUGGCUAUUGGUCUGCCCUUCCCUGUCAGCCCUUUAAUCUGGAAGGUUUCUGGUUGUCUAAACAGCUCUUUCAGCUAUUUUGACGUAGUUUUAGGUAUUUUGUAUGCUGCACUCUCUGAUCAGUGAGAUCCUCAAGGUAAUUGGACUCUAGGUCGGGAUUAACAUUGUACAGUGAUGGUGUGUGUUGUUGUGAGGUCUCAAGAAUAUAUUUGUAGAUGUGGAGCUGGAAUCUUGUUUUGAAACUCCAGAUACCAAGAUUUUGGACUUUUAGGUAUUCUCAGGACAGUCCUGCUGUCUCAGAAACUGACCUCAGAACUGCAUUUUCUUCAGAAGAUGUUCAUAACCUCUGUCCUCUGCUAUUUGCUCCAGCUACAGAUCCUGCUUCAAAAUUGAAGCCAUGGUUGAUUACUUGAAGUAAUUUGGGAUGGAAUUCAUCUGCACUGCUGCCAGCCAGCAGAGGGUGGGCACCCAGUCUGCAGAAUGUGUAGGUUGGCUCUGUAGCCCAUGGGGAGAGGAACACCCCUGGGGGAACAGAUCCACAGGUGGUUCAUCCCCUUGGUUCAGUCAUCUGCUGAAGGACAAAACCACUCUCUCUCUCUCACCCAUGGCAGGUAGAGAAGUCAUAGGGGGUCUCUGUAAACUGGAUGUCUAAGUUUGGGCUGAUGGAGUUGGUUGAAAUCAAUUCAUUAAGCUCCUCCUUAGCUGCACUGGAAAAUUUUUGAUGUAAAAUGUUUCUGUAUUCCAGAUAAAUUGCUUUUUUUUAAUGCAAAAAAAGCAGGGCUUGGAAAAGAUUUAUAAUUUGAAACAAACAGUCCUGCUCGUCUUUAGUUGUGAAUCCUUUGCACUUGUGUUUUAAAUUAAAGUAGUUCUUGAUUUAUUCAUAAA